AUGUUCGCUUGCCAGAGAGUCACCGCCUCGAGGUGUCUCACUCAACGCUGCACGUCCACCAAUUCACUCAAUGCAACAAUAACGAGAACCUUUGCUCCUCGCCCUCGCCCCACCAUCCCUGCUGCCCCUACCCUCUCAUCAUCAUCGGCAGCAGCAGCACCUUCAGUCCGAGCUCUUGCCCACGGCCCUCUGCAGGCUCAGAGUUCUCGCCCUACUGCUCCAGCACGUUUCUUGUCCUACCACCCCACCUCCUCCGACAGGUCCAGCGACCCCACCAUCGGCAUCCCCUCAUCCAAAACUGGCCGAAAGAGCACCAAAAUCAAAAUCUUUGAAAGCUCCCACAAUCUUCGCCACUUUCACACCUCAUCCAUACACCCCAGAACACCCCAAUUGAACAAAAUGGCAUCCCAGGAUUUCCGUCUUCUCUGCCUUGAGAACCCCCUGCUUGACAUUCAAGCAGUCGGUGACGAGGCCCUCCUUGAAAAGUACGGCAUCAAGGCCAACGAUGCCAUCCUUGCCGAGGAGAAGCACCUCGGUAUCUACGAGGACCUUCUCAACAACUACGACGCCAAGCUCAUUGCUGGCGGCGCCGCCCAGAACACCGCCCGCGGUGCCCAGUACAUCCUCUCUCCCAACUCCGUCGUCUACCUCGGCGGUGUCGGCGACGACAAGUACGCCUCUAUCCUCCAGGAUGCCGUCAAGACCGCCGGUCUCCGUGUCGAGUACCGCGUGGACCCCAAGAUUGCCACCGGCCGCUGCGGCGUUGUCAUCACCGGCCACAACCGCUCCAUGGUCACCGACCUCGGCGCCGCUAACCACUACGACCUCGAGCACCUGACUCGGCCCGACGUCUGGAAGCUCGUCGAAGGCGCCCAGGCCUACUACAUCGGAGGCUACCACUUCACCGUCUCCCCCGCCGCCAUCCAGAAGCUCGCCGAGGAGGCCGCCAAGAACAACAAGGUCUUCGCCGUCAGCUUGUCCGCCCCCUUCAUCUGCCAGUUCUUCAAGGACCCCCUCGACGCCAGCGCCCCGUACUGGGACUACGUCAUCGGCAACGAGACCGAGGCUGCCGCCUACGCCGAAGCUCACAGCCUCGGCACCACCGACCUCAAGGAGAUUGCCAAGGCGCUCGCCAACCUGCCCAAGGAGAACAAGCAGCGCAAGCGUGUUGCCAUCAUUACCCAGGGUACCGAGCCCACUCUGGUUGCCGUCCAGGGCGAGGACAGCGUCAAGGAGUACCCUGUCAAGCCCAUCUCCAAGGAGCAGAUCAACGACACCAACGGUGCUGGUGAUGCCUUUGCCGGCGGUCUGAUGGCUGGUAUCGUCGAUGGCAAGUCCCUCGACCAGUCCAUCGACAUGGGCCAGUGGCUCGCUAAGCUCAGCAUCCAGGAGCUUGGUCCUUCCUACCCCUUCCCCAAGCAGGCCUAUUCCUCUUAG